AUUAAUAACUCAUCAGCUCCUAAUGAACACAGUUAACUUUGAUCUGUUGAAGUAGCUAUUCUAAGAACUUUGUCUUAAUGUCGAUUCAUAAUUAUGUUACCGUUGUAGCACUUAUUCCCAGCACAAUAAAGCAAUUAAGUAUUUGUACUUACUAUUUGAGUAAUUGCAAAAUCAACACUCAAACGAUGAGGAUUAUAUUCUCCUUCAGUAUUCCAAAUAGUGAUUGUCUAAUCUUAUCCACCAGCGCAUAAAUAAUUUUAUUUUCUUUUAUCCCAAGUUAGAGCUCUACCAUCUUAGUUAUAUUGGGCAAUUAAGAUUUAAGGUUUACGAAUGUCAUAUAUGCAUACUUUAUUUGGAGAUCCUGCAGCUAGGAUGUUGUCAUUUAAACUGACAGAAUAGAUAUCAACCAUUGUUCCAAUCCUAUAAAUAUACUUAUUUUAUCUGAGAUCAAUGUAAAGUAUUCCAUUAUUUACUGUUGCACAACACAAAAUGCAAUCAUUAAAACAAAUCAUUCUUGUAAUAUCAUUUAGCUGGUAGGAUUGCAAUAGCUAUUUCUGAUCAGAAUCAAUAACAAUAAGGUCACCGUUAGAAGUACUGUAUACAAUAAGUUCACCUUAAGAGCAAAGACUAGUUAAUAUCCCAUCUUCUAAUUGAGUUAAUAAUUAUGUGAUUCCAGUUUUAAAAUUACGUGCGAACAAAUUCUCUUUUAAUCCUAAGAAUAUGAUUUCUUAUGA